AUAUAUAUAGGAGCCAAAACCGAAUAGAGGAUCGAUUGGGAGGAGAUUGAAGGAGGAAGGCGGGACUGAGGGGAAGCAUUUGAGAGAGAGAGAAAGAGGUUGAGCAGAAGGAAGGAGUAGGAAGGAAAUCCAUGGAGCGGCCUCGUCUGUUUCUUCAAAAGCCAUUCCCACUGGUAGUUCUGUUUCUGAUGCAGUGCAGAGGGACCAGCAGAUAGGAAAGGAAUUUACUUAUCAAUAACCACAACUCCUUUUGUUUGUAAUAAAUCCUUCAAGUUAUGUGCACACUCUCAUUCUCUGACACUUCAUUCAUUCUGGGUUUUUGCCCAUCUUCUAUAUGCUCUUCAAUUUUCAAAUCCACAAAUAAUUGCGAUGCUUCUACUUUAUUGUCCAAGAGAAAUCAGAGAAAAAGACACAAAGCACAGAGGCUUGCAAAUGUAGCUGUAGCAGCAGCUUCUUUGAUAGCCAGAGAUGUCUGGAAGAGAUCAUCACCUUCUUCUUCUUCCUCCUCAUCUGGCAAACCAUAUCGCACUAGAAACCCGGAACCUGCUUAUUUGGACCAUAGCGUGGACAUGGAUGAGCUGCUGGCAUCCAUUGGGCAGACUGAAAAUGAGCAAGAACUCUAUUCUUUAUUGUCACCUUAUAAUGGGAGGCAACUUUCAAUUCGGUUUAUGGUUUCUCUCCUCUCACGGGAGCCUGAUUGGCAACGCUCGCUUGCUAUUUUGGAUUGGAUUAAUGAGAAGGCUCUUUACACUCCUUCUGUGUUUGCUUACAAUGUUGUGCUGCGUAAUGUGCUUCGAGCAAAGCAGUGGGGGCUUGCACAUGGCUUGUUUAAUGAGAUGCGUCAGAAAGGGCUGGCCCCUGACAGGUACACUUAUUCUACACUUAUAACUUGUUUUGGGAAAGAAGGUAUGUUUGAUUCAGCUUUGUUUUGGCUCCAGCAGAUGGAGCAAGGCAAAGUUUCUGGUGACCUUGUCUUGUAUAGUAAUUUGAUUGAGCUCUCACGUAAGUUAUGUGACUAUUCCAAGGCGAUAUCUAUCUUCACGAGAUUAAAAAGGUCUGGUAUUACUCCAGACAUUGUUGCCUAUAACUCAAUGAUCAAUGUGUUUGGGAAAGCUAAGCUCUUCCAAGAAGCUCGUCUUCUCCUAAAAGAGAUGGGGGAAGCUGGGGUUCGCCCUGAUACAGUAAGCUACUCAACGCUUCUCACUAUCUAUGUGGAAAAUCAAAAGUUCGUGGAAGCACUUUCUAUUUUCUCAGAGAUGAAUGAGGUAAAAUGCCCCCUUGAUCUUACAACGUGCAAUGUCAUGAUUGAUGUUUAUGGCCAGCUUGACAUGGUGAAAGAAGCUGAUAGGCUGUUUUGGAGCAUGAGGAAAAUGGGGAUUGAGCCCAAUGUGGUUAGCUACAAUACUCUUUUAAGGGUCUAUGGAGAGGCAGAGUUAUUUGGAGAAGCCAUCCAUCUGUUUCGUUUGAUGCAAAGGAAGGGUGUUGAACAGAAUGUUGUCACCUACAAUACUAUGAUUAAGAUUUAUGGGAAGUCUCUUGAGCAUGAGAAGGCAACAAAUCUUAUCCAAGAAAUGCAGAGUAGAGGUAUUGAACCAAAUGCUAUUACUUAUUCAACAAUAAUAUCUAUCUGGGGUAAGGCAGGGAAAUUGGACAGGGCAGCGAUGUUGUUUCAAAAAUUAAGGAGUUCAGGGGUUGAGAUUGACCAGAUUCUCUACCAAACAAUGAUUGUAGCUUACGAAAGGAUAGGCUUAGUUGCUCAUGCUAAGCGUCUGCUUCUUGAGCUCAGACAAACAGACAAUAUUCCAAGAGAGACCGCAAUCAUGAUUCUUGCUAGAGCUGGUAGAAUUGAAGAGGCUACAUGGGUUUUUCGCCAGGCUUUUGAUGCUGGAGAAAUAAAAGAUAUAUCUGUAUUUGGUUUAAUGAUUAAUCUUUUCUCAAGGAACAAGAAGUAUACAAAUGUCAUCGAAGUGUUUGAGAAGAUGAGAGAGAAGGGAUACUUUCCUGAUUCAAAUGUUAUUGCUCUUGUGCUGAAUGCUUUUGGAAAGCUGCGUGAAUUUGAGAAAGCAGAUGUUUUAUAUGUACAGAUGCAAGAUGAAGGUUGUGUUUUUCCAGAUGAAGUGCACUUCCAGAUGCUUAGUCUGUAUGGGGCAAGAAGAGAUUUUAUGAACGUAGAGUCACUGUUUGAGAAGCUGGAUUCCAAUCCCAAUAUCAACAAGAAGGAAUUGCAUCUUGUUGUUGCCAGCAUUUAUGAAAGAGCAAAUAAACUAAAUGAUGCGUCCCGAGUCAUGAACAGGAUGAAUAAUAAAAGGAGGAGUAUGGCUUCAUGAACAUGUGUAGGAAUUCGCAUCUGCUUUUCUCUUAGUGAAAUGUCCAAUGCUCUUGAACAUUGUUUUGCCCAUGUCCAUAAUUUUACAUUGAGUAAACCUCUCGUUUUCCCACCUAACAAGGCCAUGUACAUAGGAAAUUCAACAGUGGCGCAUGUUCAGUCUCAGCCAAGUAGCAUCCAGGUAGUUACAUCUUCAUAUGAAAGUCUUUCGAACACUCAUAGUUUAAAUCACAUCCUUCCUUGUCUGUAAGCUUUGUUCUUUUGGGUUGUUUAUAUGUCUAUGUCCUUCAUGAAGACAAACAUUUUAAGAGAAUAGACACUUGCAUGUCUAUUGCUGUAAAUCCCUCCUUAAAGUAAUGAAGAAAAAGAAACAAGAUGUCAUGUUUGUCCUUACUGGGCAGGAUUUUCUCACUGCA